UUAAAUGCUAUUAAAUGCUGCGAGAGAAGACGCUUCACGCCACAUGCGCUGGAUGUGCAGUGAGAUUGGACUGUCUUUGGAAAAAAUUGACGUUUGUAUCGUGAUGUGCAAAAAGUAGUGUACGGAUCAGAUAUCAGAUCCUCUGAUGCGAUGUGCUUGCCUGCCUGGCAUUGAUGCAAUCUCUAUAGCAAAAAUGUCGUACCGACGCGGUUUCAGAGGUGCAUCAAACACCUUUAUGCAACGUAACAAAGACGAACAAGUACAAUCUACAUCUGGAUGUGGAAGAGGACAAAGGCCUCCCGGACUGAGGGGAAAAGAAAUAGGAUUAUAUUAUAGAAACAAAAAUAUAGAAAGACAAAAAAGAGAUAGUGCAGAAGUGCUCAGAUUAUCAGCUCAAACAGAGCAAAGAAUUAAAAUUAUUUUGAAUAAUUCAAAAAGCUUUUACAAUUCAGAUUCUUAUGAUAGUCCCGAGCACAAGAAAUCUCCUCAGUUUCACGAUAUGCAAUUUAAAAGAAAAUUUUUAAACAUCAUACAUGGUGAUAUUCAACAGAAUCUUGCUAAAGCUAUGACAACAAAGUCAAAAUUGCAAAGAAAUAGUGACAUUGACAGAAUAUUACAACAGGAAUACAGAGAAAAGCAGAAAGAGGAUGCUUAUCGAAAUAUGUUAAAAUUUCGAACAAAGUUACCAGCGCAUAAGAAAAAAUCAGAAAUAUUACAACUGAUAGACGAUAAUCAAGUUGUUGUUAUUAGUGGAGAAACUGGAUGUGGCAAAACCACACAAGUUGCACAAUUUAUAUUGGAUGAUGAGUUAGAAACUGGAAAUGGUAGUGUUACCCGAAUAAUUUGUACGCAGCCUAGAAGGAUUUCAGCUAUUUCUGUUGCUGAACGUGUAGCUAUGGAAAGAGCAGAAAAACUUGGAAGAUCUGUCGGGUACCAGAUACGACUUGAAAAAAUUCCAUCACGAGAACAAGGAAGUAUACUGUUUUGUACUACUGGUGUCUUACUACAAAUUAUGAAGCAUGAUCCAGCAUUAAGAGAUUUCUCUCAUGUAAUAUUGGAUGAAAUUCACGAACGCACCACAGAAAGUGAUUUUGUUAUCACAUUAUUAAAGCAAGUUAUUCCGAAAAGAACAGAUUUAAAAGUUCUUUUAAUGAGUGCAACAUUAAAUGCUGAAAGCUUUUCCAAAUAUUAUGGCAAUUCUCCGAUGAUACAUAUACCGGGAUUCACCUAUCCAGUACAGGAAUUUUAUUUAGAAGAUGUUUUGUCAUUUGUAAAUCACAGAUUUCCCGAAGAACCACCAGAACCUACAGGUUAUAGGAAACAUUUAAAAAGAUAUAAAAACCAACAACAUAAGAAAGAAGAAUUUUUAGAUAUCUUACAACCUUAUAUUAGACAACUUACAGCCGAGAAGAAAUACGAAACACAUGUUAUUAAUCAAUUACAAAAUCCACUUAGCGAAACUCUGUCAUUGGAACUUACAGAAAAAUUAGUUAGAUAUAUCUGUAAUACAAAAGGUCCUGGAGCUAUUCUUAUUUUUUUACCUGGUAUGAUAGAUAUAACAAAAUUAAAUAAAAUGAUGUUAGAUUCUGGACAUUAUCCAAGUUACAAAUACAUUAUCUACGGCCUUCAUUCACGUUUGCCGACAGUUGAUCAGAAACUUAUAUUUAAAGAACCACCUUCUGGUGUUCGUAAGAUAAUCAUUGCGACUUCUAUUGCUGAAACGUCAAUAACAAUAGAAGAUGUCGUAUAUGUAAUAAAUUGCGGUAAAAUAAAAUUUGGAAAAUUUGAUGUGAAUAAGAAUAUUCAGACUUUAGAGCCUGAAUGGGUAUCCUUAGCUAAUGCCAAACAAAGACGUGGUAGGGCUGGCAGAGUUCAAAGUGGAGAAUGUUAUCACAUGUAUACAAAAGCACGAGAAAUGACAUUUGAUCAAUACCCAUUGCCAGAGAUGCUCAGAACGCGUUUGGAAGAGGUAAUUCUGCAAAUAAAAAUCCUGCAAUUAGGGAAAGUCAAAGAAUUUCUAGCUACCGUCAUGGAUCCACCAAAUUUAAAAGCGAUUCAUCUCUCUCUCGAGUUGCUUCAGACACUCAAUGCUCUCGACGAAAACGAGAAUUUAACUCCUUUAGGUUAUCAUUUGGCACAUUUGCCACUUGAUCCUAGAACAGGAAAAAUGAUUUUGUGGGGCGCAUUAUUCUCUUGUGUCGAACCAAUAUUUGCAAUUGCUGCUAGUCUCACAUUUAAAGACGCUUUCUAUUGUCCACUAGGACAAGAGGAAAAGGCUAAUAAAAAGAAAUUAGAGCUCAGCAUGGAUCAAUGUAGUGAUCAUAUUGCUCUCGCGGAAGCUUUAAGAAGAUAUGAACUUGCACAUCAAAGAGGAAAUGCACGCCAGUUUUGCCGAGAGUAUUUCCUUUCUUUCAAUACACUGAAACUUCUUUCUGAAAUGAAAAAUCAAUUUGCACAAUAUCUAUAUGAAAUGAAGUUUCUGGACAGCGAAAACCCAAAGUAUAUAAACUCUAACAAAAAUUCGAAUAACAUAGCAUUGAUAAAAACCAUUGUUUGUGCAGGAUUGUAUCCGAAUAUCGCUGUUGUAAGGCGAGUUACUAAAAAUGGGAUAGUUGGUUGGACGCCGGAAGACGGUAGUGUACGCAUACAUCCAUCGAGCGUAAACAAUAGAGUUUCCCAAUUUCCUAGUCGGUACUUGACGUAUUUCACAAAACAACGCUCCACCGCUAUAUUUUUACAUGACACUACAUGUAUAAGUAUACCGAUCUUACUGUUUGCUGGACCAAAUAUAUCGCUAAGACGAGAAAAAGGACAAUAUGUAAUUAGUAAUUUCAGUUUUUCGGAAAGUUUUAUUUGUGAACAUGAAACUGCGAAAAUGAUACGGGAACUUCAACAAGCUCUAAACAGUUUAUUGGAAUAUAAGGUUACAAAUCCGGCAACGGUAUCUUGGUCAAGCUUUGAAGGGGACUUGUUAAAUGGAAUCAUUGAACUGGUCUCUCAAACAGAACAAGAAUUGGGUUUUGAUAAUAGAAAUGCAUCUUACCAUGAAGAUUUCUUUGGCGAUUGAUUGCAUUUAUUGAUUUAUUGUAAAUGUUAAUAACUUAUUUAAUCGGAUCAAGAUUGUGUAGAAAUAUAAAUAUCAUUGAAGAAAUUGUUAGAAAAUAA